AUAAAAUGAGUAAUUCAUUGAUGGGUAAUAUGUUGGUCGAAACCGUAAUGGAGAAGGCCUUGAAAGACAAGAUGAAAGAAUAGUAGGCCAAACAAUAGGAAGAGGAGAGAAGGAGAGCAGCAAGAAGACAAUACGAGGAGGAAGACGAGGAUGAUUGUGAUGAUGAGGAUUUGAAAGAAAUGUUGAAGAAGAUGAGGGAACAAAGAGCAAAGGAAUUGCAAGAGGCCAUGCUUAAAAAGAAUAAGGGAUUUGGAGAAUAUAGAGAAAUCGUUGAAGAGGAAUUCUUGCCAUCUGUUACUAAAUCUGAAUUCAGUGUUGUUCAUUUCUUCCAUCGUGAUUUCGAAAGAUGCAAAAUUAUGGACAAACAUCUCUAGGCAAUAUCAUAAUAGUAUAUUAUUUUGUGAGUUUGAUAGGCAUCCCGAGACCAAAUUCUACUGUUUGAAUGCAGAAAAAGCACCCUUCUUUGUAAAUAAGCUACAAAUUCAAGUUCUACCUACAGUAUGCUUAUUUGUGAAUGGAGUCUUAAAAAAUAGAAUUGUAGGUUUCGAAGAGAUGGGAGGGAAGGACACUUUUGAAACUGGUACUUUGGCACACAUGUAAAUUAUAAAAGAAAUUAUUUUAUAGUCUUUUAAGAUAUGGUAUGAUCAAGGUAAGAAAGGGAAGCAAUGAUGAUAACUCAUCAGAUGAAGAUAAGUGACAUUUGAAAUAUUAAAUUAAUU